CUCCCUCCUAGCACUAGCACGAGUCGAACCUCUUCUCUCAUGUCGGUGGAUCAGCGGAACGACAACAGCGGGGCCUGCCGGACGGAGACGCUUGGACGGGCCGAGUUUCAUGGGCAGGGCAUCCAGCACACCGGCCCGGGAUCUUUCAACGUCCGGGGGGACGUCUACAUCGAAAGUCACGGAAACGACGGAGACGACGAACUCCUCCGCGCGCUGCGAACAACUGAUCCUCGCGGCGACAAAACGCGCAUCGUGCGGCAAAAGGGCGGCUUACUUGUUGACUCGUAUCGAUGGAUCCUCGACCACGACGACUUUCAGCAAUGGCGCGACGGCGAGGAGACCCAGCUCCUGUGGAUCAAAGGCGACCCCGGCAAGGGCAAAACCAUGUUGCUCUGCGGCAUCAUCGACGAACUGGAGAAGGCCGUGGAGGACCACAUUGCCUACUUCUUCUGCCAGGCGACCGAUGCCCGCCUUAAUAGUGCAAUGGCGGUAUUAAAGGGCCUCAUGUACCUGCUCCUAGUUCGGCAACCAACUCUGGCUGCACGGGUGCGAGAUAGGUAUGGUCAUGUCGACGAGAAACUGUUGCGAGAGGUCAACGGCUGGGAUACGCUGUGCAACAUGCUUCUCUCUCUACUGCAGGAACCUGGCGUACAAACGCCAUACCUGAUCGUGGACGGUCUAGACGAGUGCCAGACGGGAUUCAGCGAGCUCCUUUGGCUGAUCGUGAGACUCUCAUCGUCACGAGCUAGAGUACUCGUGUCCAGCCGCAACUGGCCCAGCAUCGACGACGGGCUGAGCGCCGCCACCCUAAAAGUGCCGCUCUGCUUGGAGCUGAACACGCAGGCUAUUUCAGCCGCCGUGGACACAUACAUCGGAUAUAAGGUGGAGCAGCUGGAGCGGUCGAAGAAGUACGAUGAGGAAACAAGGAAGACCGUUCAACAGUACUUGGCAUCCAACGCCGACGGCACGUUUCUGUGGGUGGCCUUGGUCUGCCAAGAGCUAAGUGACCCGAAAGUUCGCAAGUGGCACACGGUUGGGAUGCUCAAUGACUUCCUCACAGAAUUCCCGUCCGGACUUGAUGCGCUGUACGUACGGAUGGCGGAACAGAUAUUCAGCUCACGCGACGCAGAGCUGUGCCGGCAGGUUCUUGCCGUCGCAUCGGUCGUGUACCGGCCAGUCGCUUUGACCGAGAUAUUAUCUCUUGUCGAGUCACCGGGUGACUUCCCUGACGACGCUGGCUCGUUGCGGGAGAUUAUCGAACUAUGCGGCUCUUUCUUGACUCUGAGAGAGGGGAUCAUCCACUUUGUGCAUCAGUCGGCGAAAGACUUUCUCAUGAAGAAGGUAUUGGACAAGAUCCUUCCGCACGGCCACGAUAUUGAGCAUAACAUGAUCGCGACACGAUCAGUGCAAAUGAUGUCGAGGAGACUCAGGCGGAACAUCUACAACUUGCCGUCGCCGGGGUUCUCCAUCGAUAGGGUCAAGGCCCCUGAUCCCGAUCCAUUGGGGCCGGUCCAAUACGGGUGCGUGUACUGGGCUGAUCAUCUUCGCAAUGUGAUGUCAAGAAUAAACAAUCACUACCUCCAGGAUGGCGGAUUGGUUCACAGGUUCUUGGCCCAGCACUUUCUACACUGGCUCGAAGCCCUCAGUCUCCUCAGAAACAUAGGGGCAGGGAUUGUGGCCGCAGCGCAGCUUUUAUCUAUGCUACGGGUCGACCUUCAGGAUGAGCAAGGCUCAAGGGAGUCUGAUCUAGCAAAGCUAGCGCACGAUGCGUGGAGGUUCAUACGAUACCACAAAACGGGAAUUGAGGCAGCCCCGCUCCAAGUCUAUGUCUCGGCGCUCGUUUUUAGUCCGAUAUCAAGCGUGGUGAGGAAUUUGUUUCGGAAAGAGGAGCCAGAGUGGAUGCUGACGAUGCCGUUGAUGGAAGAGGACUGGAGCGCAUGCCUGCAAACGCUCGACGGCCACAGCGACGGGGUCAAGUCGGUAGCGUUCUCGCCCGACGGCAGGCAGUUGGCAUCGGGGUCCAGGGACGGCACAGUCCGGCUCUGGGAUGCGGCAACUGGUGAGAAUCUAAGGACCCUCGGGCGCCACAGCGAUGGCUGCGUCUACUUGGUGGUGUUCUCGCCCAGCGGUAGGCAGUUGGCAUCGGUGUCUGGGGGGAUACGGGUGUGGGAUGCGGCGACGGGUGGGUGUUUAAGGACACUCGAGGGCCGCGAUGUAAGGUCUGUGGCGUUCUCGUCUGACGGCAGGCAGAUAGUAUCAGAGUCCAGCAACGGCAUACAUAUAUGGAAUGCAGUGACGGGCGAGUGUUUAACAAUGCUUACGGGCUAUAAAUACCCUGUAGGCUGCUAUGGGGUUAUGUCUGUGGUCUUCUCGUCAGACGGUAAGCAGGUGGCAACGGCAUCCAGCGACCGCACAAUACGUGUGUGGGAUGCGGCGACGGGCGGGUGCCUGCAGACGCUCGACAGCCACAGCAAAGAGAUCACGUCGGUAGCAUUCUCGCCCGAUGGGAGGCAAAUAGCAUCGGGAUCCAGCGACGGUACAGUCCGGGUGUGGGAUACAGCGACGGGCCGGUGCCUGCAGACCCUACAGGGCCACGGUCGACGCAUCGUCAGGUCGGUAGCGUUCUCGCCUGACGGUAGGCAGUUGGCAUCGGGAUCGGAGGAUAACAGGGUAUGGUUGUGGGAUAUAACAACCCGCCACCAAAUGACGCUUGAAAGCCACAGUGGCCCGGUCAACUCGGUGACGCUCUCGCCCGACGAGAGGCGAGCGGCAUCGGGGUCAGACGACGGCAUGGUCCGGGUGUGGGAUGCAGCGACGGGCAGGUGUCUAAGGACAUUGAACCCAUAUGGGGUUAUGUCUAUAGCCUUUUCGCCUGACAGCAGGCAGGUGGUAACGGGGUUCACUAACCGUACAGUCCGAAUAUGGGAUGCGGCGACGGGCAAGUGUUUAAAGACGCUUAAAGGCCACGACCGCCUUGUCCACACGGUAGGGUUCUCACCCGAUGGCAGGCAAGUAGUAUCAGGGUCACACGACGGCACGGUCCGGCUUUGGGAUGCGGUGACGGGAGGGUGUCUGAGCUGUAUAAGGGCGCUCGGGGACGACGGCCACUACACCGGGCCUUGGGCAUUCUCGCCCGACGGCUACUCCAUUAGGUCUGUGGCAUUCUCGCCCGACGGCAGGCAUGUGGCAUUGGGAUUCACCGACGGCACGGCACAGGUGUGGAAUGCGGCGACGGGCCAUUUGCAGACGCCUGAGGGCUAUGACGGCGAGGGCCAUCGCAUAUUAUGGGACCCGGCUAGGCUCCGAAUCGACUCUGUUGUCUACGACCCCCGAGCACCAUCUUUCGGCGACACCAGUCACUCAAUGCAAAAUAACAACGCCCUCCUCGAAGGCAUAUUGCCAGGUAUGCGCAUCAGCUCAGACAACAGCUGGAUCCUGAACGACGGCGAGCGGGCUCUUUGGCUGCCCACAGAGUAUCGGCCAUUCUGCAUAGCUUCAUCCGGCAAAGUCCUUGCUUUGGGCUACCGGUCUGGUCGUGUUCUUUUAUUCCGCUUCUCAUGA